GAAAACCCUUAGCGAGCGCCACAGCACAUAGAGGGCGAAGAAAUAAACCUCAUUUCGGGGAGGAUUUUAAACGAUUUUGGGGUAUAUUUGCUCUUCUUGAAAAGAAAUACACUUAACGGUUACAUUUAAAGGGCUUUUCAAAUCUGGAGCACAGAAGACGCUCCUUUACCAUGGCAUCGUCUCAGAUAUCGGCAGUCAAAAAAGAUGAUAAGGCCAGAAAUAUACAAGUGGUUGUACGAUGCAGGCCAUUCAACACUGUGGAGCGUAAAUCUAACUCUCAUACAGUUAUUGAUUGUGACCAGAACCGAAAAGAGUUGAUGGUCCGUACUGGAGGUGUUGCAGACAAAGCAGCCAGGAAAACAUACACUUUUGAUAUGGUUUUUGGCCCUUCUGCCAAACAGAUCGAUGUGUACAGGAGUGUGGUUUGUCCUAUUUUAGAUGAGGUCAUCAUGGGUUAUAACUGUACAGUCUUUGCAUAUGGACAAACUGGGACAGGAAAAACCUUUACUAUGGAGGGCGAGAGGUCACCUAAUGAUGAAUUUACCUGGGAAGAGGACCCUUUGGCUGGGAUCAUUCCCAGAACUCUUCAUCAGAUCUUUGAGAAAUUGUCCAGUAAUGGGACGGAGUUCUCUGUGAAAGUCUCUUUGCUGGAGAUAUAUAAUGAGGAACUCUUUGACCUGCUCAGCCCUGCUCCUGAUGUCACGGAGCGAUUACAACUAUUUGAUGAUCCCAGAAACAAGAGGGGUGUGGUCAUUAAAGGCCUUGAGGAGAUCACUGUGCACAACAAGAAUGAGGUGUAUCAGAUCCUGGAGAGAGGAUCAGCUAAAAGGAAGACUGCCUCCACCCUAAUGAACGCUUACUCCAGUCGAUCCCACUCUGUGUUCUCCGUUACCAUUCACAUGAAGGAGAUCACACUUGAUGGAGAAGAGCUGGUCAAGAUUGGAAAACUGAACUUGGUGGAUCUUGCAGGUAGCGAGAACAUCGGACGAUCCGGUGCCGUGGAUAAGCGGGCGCGUGAAGCUGGCAACAUCAACCAGUCUCUGCUGACUCUUGGUCGAGUCAUCAAGGCUUUGGUGGAAAGAGGACCUCAUGUGCCCUACAGAGAGUCCAAACUCACCCGAAUACUGCAAGAUUCCCUUGGAGGUCGCACUAAAACCUCAAUUAUUGCCACAGUGUCUCCGGCCUCCAUCAAUCUUGAGGAAACUCUGAGCACAUUGGACUAUGCUAACAGGGCCAAGAAUAUCAUGAACAAGCCAGAGGUCAACCAGAAACUGACCAAGAGAACGCUGAUCAAGGAAUACACAGAAGAGAUUGAGCGUUUGAAAAGAGACCUGGCUGCCACCCGUGAUAAGCAUGGAGUGUAUCUCUCUGUUGACAACUAUGAGAGUAUGAAUAGUAAACUCGUGUCUCAGGAGGAACAGAUUACGGAGUAUAAUGAGCGAAUCGCGGCUACGGAGGAUGAGCUCAAAAAGAUUAUGGAGUUGUUCACAGACAGUAAGCAGAAAUUGGACCAGUGCACUGAGGACCUGCAGAAUAAGAACCAAAUUCUGGAGGAGGCCCACAAGGAUCUAACGGAGACCAAGCAUCGCCUGACUCAGGAGGAGUUCAUUGCUACACAGCUCCAGAACAAUGAGGGGCAGCUAUACAGCACCGCUGACCAGCUGUUGAGUACAGCUGAGACCAGCACACAGGAUGUAAGUGGUCUUCAUGCCAAGUUACAGCGAAAGAAAGAUGUGGAACUUCAUAACAGUGAGGCUCAAGAGAGCUUUGCCCAGUCCAUGGAGAACUGCUACAACAGUAUGCAAACAACACUGCAGGAGCAGGGCCACAAACACUCGGCUAUCAUUGACUAUUACCGAUCUUCAGUGGGUGAGCUGCUGACGGUGAACAGCAGGACAUUUAAAGAGACUUCAGGUGCCGUGUGUGAAUCGUACAGCAGUAUUAAAAGUGCAGUUGGUAAAGGUGUUGAGCGGUGUAAGGAACAAGUGCUACAGCAGAAGAAACUCUCGCAGGAGGCUCAAAACAGUAUGCUGGAAAUUCUGGAUGAACACAAACAACAUCUAGAAGAGGUUCUUGUUGCCCAAGCAUUGCCAGGCAUCAGGUCCAUCAUGGCUAUGAAUGACAGUUUAAAGCAAACCCUUCACAGAUACCAUCUGCUUCCUGAACAGAUGGAAGGUCUGAAGACAGAAAUGAUGUCGUUUUUCAACUCCUCCGUUGAAUCUUUGGCCAGUAUGAAAGAGAGUGCCGUGCAGGGCUUCAGCGCUCUGCGUAUUGAAAACGACAAUCUAAAACAGCAGAUUUGCCAAACUGGAAACAACCAUCAGGCGCGUGUGGCCCAGCUGGUUAAGUGUUUGCAGGACCAAAUGAAUCUCUUGGCUUUGGAAACCCAGACAGACUUGGAGGGUCUCACACAAGCAACUGCUGCCCAGAUCACGCCACUAGAAACUCUGCAGAGCUCCAUACAGAGUAAGUGCAUUGCGGUAGAGGAGGACACUGUGUCUGUUUGUGCUCGGCUGGGUACUUCCGUGGAUGGAGUGAUGUCUGAGAUGAACGCAGCAACAGAAGAGGGAGAGCGGGCAUUGGAAGAGUGUGUCGGUUAUUGCGGACACCUGCAGAUGUCUUUGGACUCUCUGACCGAGUCGGGACUCAAGUGGUGUCACGACGCAAGAGACUUGACCGAGAAUAAAACUCAGGAACGACUAAAGCUUAUCAGAGAGACAGACACAGCAGUGCAAGACCUGAUGAAGUCUGUAGAAGAAAAGGGGGAGAAUGCUAUCCGGGACUGCGAAGCUAGUCUGGGUCAAAUGCAACAGGAAGUGGAAGGAAUCCUGGGUCGUGUGGAAUUGCAGACGGGCAGUGAUGAGGCCACGUUGCAGGAGCACAGAGAGACCCUCUCCUCCAUCAGCACUCAGACACUGGACACCGUACACAACUUCCUCAGUUCUGAGCUGAGACUAGAUUUACCUACCGGAACGACCCCUCAGCGUAAGGAGUAUGCGUACCCGCGUGCUCUUAGCAAGCCGAGGAGCCGAGAGGAACUGGAGGAGGAGUUCAGAGCUCAGCAGGAGGUGUUACAGAGCGCCCUGAGUCAGUGUGAGACUGUUUUAGAAGUAGAUGAGGGCAAGCCUCUUGAUCAGGACUCUCUGGAGGAUGAAGUCAGUGUUUCUAGUGAUGGAAACGGCACAGAACAGACUUGCUUCAAUGAGAACUUGAUAUGUUAUGAAAACGGAAGAGUUCCCUUCUUCAAGAAGAAAGGCAAGAAGGAAAAUGGCAAUAAGACACUUAACCGUUCAAAGGUUGAGAAUGAGAGCAUGUGUUCACCACCCCGUUCUAAACUACCACUGAGGUGUCAGAAUUAACACGCAUUGUUUGUUUUUAAUCCUUAAUUUUAUGUGUCAAUUAGAAUUCUUUUUAGCGUGUAUGUCUCUUUCAACAUGAGUUGUGAGUGUCUACCUUUUAUAUAUGUUAUGUCUGUUUGGUUACCUCAUUGUCACAGUUUUUAAAAUAAUGAAUAUCCAAUGUUAUGUUCAGGGUGAUUGUGUUACUUCGAUUUUCACUAGUUUAGACUUGUUUUCUUUGAGUAUGUGUUCAGAUUUAAAUGCCAAAAGAGAAAUCCACUCCAUCUUUAAUAAAGUAUUUUUAAAGUA